AUGAUCCACUUUUUUCGGUUCUUCCACUCCUUCCCCGCACUCGUCCUCUCCAAGCUCGCCGCCUUCGACCACGUCUCCUCCGCCGCCUCCGCCCUCUCCGAGUCGCUCGCCUCGGGGGCCCUUCGCGCCUUCUCCUCCCACCGGGCCUCCCGGGGCCCGGAUCCUCCCUCCCCGCCGCUGCACGACCGGAUCUUGGACCGCCUCCUCUCCCCCGACGGCGCCGGGUUCGCCUCCGCCGUCCUCGGGAGCUUCGCCAGGAACCUCGUGCUCUCCUGCCGUGAUCCCGAGGCCCAGCCCCGCGCCCCUGGCCAGCCGGACUGGCUCGCCGCGCUGUGCAGCAACAGGGGCAAGGAGGCCGCCGCGGAGCUCGUCCGGGUGUUCGUCAGCACCGCCGUCGCCGCCUACCUCGACAGGACCGCGGCCGUGCGCACGUCCGACCAGGUGCUCGCAGGCGUCACUGACCCCAAGCACGACGCCAAGCUCAAGGACCUGCUCGUGUCCGUCUGCAACGGCGCCGUCGAGACGUUUGUCAGGACCUCACGGCAGGUCACAAAGGAGGCCUCCAUUUCUCGAGCUGAAGCAGCAGUGGUGCAAGAGGUCUGCAAUUCAGGUCCUAGCUGUGUAAUGGAGAGAGUAUCGACCACAUUGGCCAUGCCAAGCAACCGGAGGUUUGUGCUGGAUGUCACGGGCAGGGUCACCGCAGAGAUGGUCCGGUCAUUCCUCGAGUUCUCGACUCAGCGGGUGUCCGCUGGUGCACGAAAGAGCAUUGUCGUUGCCCGUGACGAAAUCACCGAAAGGGGUCUCGUCGCCGUCAAGUACCUGAGCGCCAAGUCCAUGGCCAUCUUCACCUUAUGCCUCACAAUGUGCAUGCACAUUUCGGUUGGAAUGAGGUUCCCGUUGCCGGCCUAGGCAUAUCCUGGUGUG